AUGCUGAACAACCGACUGUUUCUAAUUCUGCGACGACAAUACUCUAAGAAUGCCAUCUCCUCCUUGGUUCAAAUACAACUCCCUAAGAUACCUAUCGACCAAUUCGUCAUGGAGAAGUGGGACAAAUGGGAAGAUAAGGUUGCCAUUGAGUGCGGAUCGUCCGGGAAGAGGAUCACCUACAAGGAGUUGAGGCACCGUACUAAGUCCUUAGGGGUGGCCCUCGCGCAGCUGGGGUUCAAGAAGAAGACGGCUCUCCUGGCGAUGCCCAACUGCCCGGAGUUUCCCCUCGCCCUCCUCGGUGCCCUCCAAGCUGGGAUGACCAUAUCCACUGCAAAUCCGUUCAGCGCUACGGAUAAACUCGAAUUCUUCAUUGCGGAUGCAGAUGUCAAUUGUGUUUUGACCACUCCUGAGUACUUGGACAACAUACAGCACGCAGUAAAGGGGUCAAAGAUUGCUGUUAUGUGUACGGGAACUACUAUACAAGAAGGUGUCAUUUCUUUUGAACAGCUGAGCAACAUCCCCGAUCCUUAUGAAGAACUGCUGCCAACCUCAGAAGAGAAGAUGAAUCAGUUGGCCCUCCUUCCUUACUCCAGAGGAACAACGGGCCAAGCCAAAGGGGUACGCCUUCAUCACGGCAACAUCACCGCCAACCUCCAGCAAAUAUCUCAUCCUGAAGUCAACGUCCUCUUAGAAACCACCGAUAAACAUCAAGAUGUAGUCCCAGCUGUGCUUCCAUUUUCCAACAUCUAUGGGAUCACAGUCCUGGUCUUGAGGUCUCUCAAAAUGGGCGCUAAGAUCCUAAGCCUGCCCAAGUUUCGUUCUGAGAACUUCUUGUGUAUGCUUGCCAGCAAUAAGAAUAUAGUUCUUCAAGGAGAUCCGACCCUGAUGAACUUCCUGGCAAACGAUGAUCGGGUGACCCCUGAACUUUUGAAAGGAGUGAGGGUGAUUACUUCCUUUGGGGUUCCCAGCAACCCUAACGAUCUUAAGAAAUUAGCGGAGAAGGCACGAUGUACCUUACUCCAAGCUUACGGAAUGACGGAGGCCUCACCCCUGCUGACUCUCCCAAGCACCGACUCCACCGAUAGACUCACCAUCGGACAACCUCUUCCUGGUACGCUGGGCAAGGUUGUGGACCUGGAGUCCGGAGAUGUUCUUCCAUCUGGGGAGAGGGGAGAACUUUGCUUCAAGGGACCGCAGGUUAUGGAGAGUUACCACAACAACCCAAAGGCAACAGAAAACGCCCUCGACAGUGAAGGUUGGCUGCGGACAGGGGACAUUGGAUAUACCGACGAGGAAGGGAACUUCUUCAUUUUGGGGAGGAUGGAUGAGGAUCAAAGUCAAAGAGUAUCGGAUAAAGAUAAAGUAGAAUUUACCAGCAAUAAUAUAAAUACGAUGCAAGAUAUGUAUGAAUCAUUUUCAGGUAUAGAAACAAAAUAA